CCAAAGUUCUUCCAUAACUAACCUGGACCUGAGAUCCCUGUGCUCUGCUCUCACGAGCUCUCACAACCCCUUUUCCCCUGGAAGACGCAUGAGGACGAUGGAGCAGGGCCACAACCGCGUGGAGGACUUCCCUCUCAAUGUGUUUUCCGUCACCCCUUACACGCCCAGUACCGCUGACAUCCAGGUGUCGGAUGACGACAAGGCGGGGGCCACCUUGCUCUUCUCGGGCAUCUUCCUGGGACUGGUGGGGAUCACAUUCACCAUCAUGGGCUGGAUCAAAUACCAAGGAGUCUCCCACUUUGAAUGGACCCAGCUCCUUGGACCCAUCCUGCUGUCGGUGGGGGUCACGUUCAUCCUGAUUGCCGUGUGCAAGUUCAAAAUGCUCUCCUGCCAGUUGUGCAAAGAGAGUGAGGAGAGGGUCCCGGACUUGGAGCAGACGGCCGGAGGACAAUCGUUUGUUUUCACUGGUAUCAACCAACCCAUCACCUUCCACGGGGCCACGGUGGUGCAGUAUAUCCCCCCCCCUUAUGGCUCUCAAGAGCCCCUGGGGAUGACCACCACCUACCUGCAGCCGGUGGUGAGCCCUUGCGGUCUCAUCCCGCCUGGAGGGCUGGCGGCUGCCAUGCCAAGCCCGCCCCAGUACUACACCAUCUACCCUCCAGAGAAUGCUGCCUUUGUUCACGACCAGGACUACCCUUCCUUCGUGGAUGCUGGAGAUGACAGGUCCAGCCCUGAUGCUGAGCAGCUAGAAGAGACACAGCUGGGAGAUGAGGAUUCCACCUGUUUCUCUCCUCCCCCCUAUGAGGAAAUAUGCUCCCUCCCCCACUAGAGUGUUUGAUGCCAUGACCUUCGGAAGUGAGACAGCAGAGGAGCCCAGGCAGCCUGACAGACACCAUUCAGGGUGGGGGAGGGGAAGUGGGAGGUAGACUCUCUCCGAUUGGUAAAAAUUAGGGCGUGGUAGGGAAACUCCCUCCCAGGAGAGCUAGAAAUCCCCUGCCUAGGGUUUGCGAUCAGGAAUUUCACCUGUUUAUCCUCCACUCACCCUCUUCCCACUGGAAGGCACUGGUGUCUUUAUUUGAGCUUCAGCAGCCAAGGGAAAAAUCACUAUUGCUGUGACUUUGGGAGUUUCCACAGUAGUGCAAGUGGGGGGGGUGGGAAGGAAACGGGAAGAGAAAACAUGCUCAACUAGAGAUCUUCCAGUGCCUGUUCUCAGCCCUCAAAUGGGAUUUGCGUAUUUGAAAGCACUUGGUUGCCAUUCUGUGUCCCUGGAGGACUCUGGGUAUCUUCAAGUCUACUGAAUAAAUAAAUAAAGACUAAAAGAAUAAAU